UAAAUGCAUCAUGUUGAGGGUUGUUCUAAAGUGAGCUGCAUUUUCUGUUAUUGUGCUGGUGUAGUUGUCCUUUACAGCUGACUGUCUGCUUUAGGAUGGCAAAGAAAGUCUUGAUCGUGUAUGCCCAUCAGAGCUCUGGCUCAUUCAAUGCUGCAGUCAAAGAUGCUGCUGUGGAAGCUCUAACUGCUCAGGACUGCACAGUGGAAGUAUCUGACCUGUACACCAUGAAGUUUAAAGCAACUGCUACUGCUGAGGAUAUCCUGGGUGAAGUUAAAAAUGCUGAGAACUUCUGCUACUUGGAGGAGACUAAUCUGGCAUGGGAGGAAGGAAGACUGUCUCCUGAUAUCACAGAAGAGCAACGUAAAGUCACAGAGGCAGACUUGAUCAUCUUUCAGUUCCCCAUGUACUGGUUCACUGUGCCUGCCAUCAUGAAGGGCUGGCUGGAUCGAGUGCUUACAAAAGGCUUUGCCCAUACUCAGGAGAGGAGAUACAGCCAGGGGAUCUUCAAGGACAAGAGAGCCAUGUUGUCCUUCACCACUGGGUCUUGUGAGUCCAUGUUCAGUGCAGAUGGCAUCAAUGGAGACAUGAAUGUCACACUGUGGCCACUGCAGGUAUUUUAUAAAUAAUGUCGUGUCCUGAACUACUGUGGCUUUAAGGUUCUAGCUCCUCACAUCUUCUGGGCUCCAGCUUAUGUUGCUGAUGAGGCCCGCAGCACCAUGCUGGAAGCCUGGCGUACCAGGCUUCAGGGCCUCCUGGGAGAGGAGCCACUCUCCUUUACCCCCUUGGACUGCUUUGAUGGGGAGAAGGGUUUCCAGCUGAAGCCUGAAGUCUACGAGAAACAUGCCACCCAGGAGUUUGGCCUGACAGUUGGGACCCACUUGGGAAAACCACUGCCACCCAACAACCAGAUGAAAGCUGGCGUCUGAAUAUGGUGCCUUAAUCAGUGUUGUGAUAAUAAAAUGCAUCUUGACAGCAA